UAGGUCAUCAAUUUGCCUACAACGAAAACCCCUACCUCUGCAGCGGUUAAGUGGGAGGUGGUGUCCAUUUUAUUUACAACACUAAAUAUUACGUUUCUCAUAUUUUACUGGCGUAAAAAUCAUUAAAGAGGGGCCUUUAGUUUCCCGAGAUGAGCAGUUCAGAGGAAGUGUCAUGGAUCUCCUGGUUCUGUGGACUGAGGGGAAACGAGUUUUUCUGUGAGGUGGAUGAGGACUACAUCCAGGACAAGUUCAACCUGACUGGGCUCAAUGAGCAGGUUCCCCACUACCGCCAGGCCCUGGACAUGAUCUUGGACCUAGAACCAGAUGAGGAGCUGGAGGACAACCCCAACCAGAGUGACCUCAUAGAGCAGGCAGCAGAGAUGCUCUACGGGCUGAUCCACGCACGAUACAUCCUCACCAACAGGGGCAUCGCUCAGAUGUUGGAGAAGUAUCAACAGGGGGACUUUGGCUACUGCCCCCGCGUCUAUUGUGAGAACCAGCCCAUGCUACCCAUUGGUCUGUCAGAUAUCCCAGGCGAGGCUAUGGUGAAGCUGUACUGCCCUAAGUGUAUGGACGUGUACACGCCCAAGUCCUCCCGGCACCAUCACACGGACGGGGCCUACUUUGGCACUGGAUUCCCCCACAUGCUCUUCAUGGUGCACCCCGAGUACAGGCCCAAGAGGCCCGCCAACCAGUUUGUGCCGAGGCUUUAUGGAUUCAAGAUCCACCCCAUGGCCUACCAGCUUCAGCUGCAAGCAGCCUCCAGCUUCAAGAGCCCUGUCAAAGCCAUCCGCUAAAGCCCAGAGAGAGAAAGAGGGGAAGAAAGGGAGAGAAGAGGAUGAUUAUGAGAGGACGGGUCAUCUACACAAAGCUCCAUACAGAUGCCUCCUCCCCGUCCUGCAGACUUUAUUAUUUGGUUUAGGUUAGGACGAUUGAGAACAAUGUGUAAAAAAUUAAGUGUGAGCGAGACAAAAACACACCGCUUCGAUCCCAAACCCUCACACACACACACACACACACCUACACCUACACAUGUACACAUACACUUAGGAUUUCAUGCAUCUAUGUUACCAAACUCACCAGUGCCAAAACAGAAAAGGGGGAGGGGAAGAAAGUCCAUGGAUGUUAUUGGAUUUGACUCUACUAUUUCCUUUUGUGAUAUUAGCCCAUUUUGCCCCUAUGAACUCUCAACGUUCUGUUGUUUUCUGUCCUGUCUUUGGCACAGUUUGGUAAAGGGUCGUGGUAGACCAUCACCACUGGUUGAAUAACAAUCCCUGCUCUACCCCCAUAUGUAUGUACACUGGCUGGCUCUCACAGAUACUGCUUGGUUGAUGAUAAGGACUAAAUCUGUCACUAAGGGUGUUGCCAUUUCACCUGCUUCUGUAAACUAUUGUUUUACCAAGGCACUCACUCAGGCUUGUAUCAGUCUUUUAUUGAGUGACACUUACUUAAGCCACUGUGUCAAGGCGGUCAUUCACAAUAGUGUUCUGUCAAAUUUCUCUUAAACUAAGAAACGCACAGGCGCUGUGAUUUGUGGUUUACAGGAAGUGCACGUCUAGGACAUAUUAGAGCUUUGAAUUUGUACAUGUACGACGUAGGAUAGACAAGAAUAAACCUGAAAUGAAUUAAAUGUUCUAGAAUGGCCCAGAAAAGACAUAACAACACACCUGCUGUCUCUGUGUGUCACCCAAAAUAACAGUCCUGUUUGUGCUGGUACAGCACGGUGAGAAUGUCGGCUCUGUCACUGUCACGUGUUGCUGGGCUAGUAUCACUGCAACAGGACACAUCUCUCUCCACAACUGUACUGACUUGACUGGUGUCCCUCCACAUAUUAUAGUAUAAUUAUUUAUGUAAAAUAUAGCGACAGAAAAUCAGCUUCUAUUUGGGGAGGUUUUUUGUUUGUGAUGCAGUAGGGGUUUCAUCACCCUACUGCACAUGUACUUUUGAGUCCUUGUGGCAAAAAGUAGAAUGCUUGAUAUAUGUUUUGAUUUCAGAACAAUAAGGAUGGAUUUGUCAAGAUUAUAAUUAAUGUAUGUCUGUGUGUUUUUUUGCAACCGUGGAAGAGUGACCAGGAUUCAGAAUUCUCAAUAAACAUUCUCUUUUUAUACAA